UACCAGACAGCAAUUAAAACAUGUGAACGAGCUGAGAAUCUUUAAAACAAAGAAAAUUCGCGAAACUCGUUUUCUCCACCGUGGGCUGACAUCUUGAAUUUAAAACGAGGCUCUGCACAUGCGCAUAGGUAGGACCGCCAUUUUCAACAGAUCUAAAGUUUUGCUAUGCUGCGUGUCUGUUUUGAUUUUUAAGUCGUGGUAUUGUGUACAAAUUUUCAACUGACGUGUGCAUUUAUUAACAGAUAGGAAGUCAGGAAUUGAUUCAAGAUGGCCACAGUACUUGAGGAUCCAACACUAGAAAGGAUGUUCAAAGGACACCGUGAUACCGUGACGAGUGUGGAUUUCAAUCCUAAUAUGAAACAGCUCGCUUCCGGAGCGAUGGAUUCAAACUUAAUGGUCUGGAAUUUCAAACCACAAAUGAGAGCAUAUCGUUUUGUAGGACAUAAGGAUGCUAUCAUGGGAGUACAUUUUUCACCAUCGGGUCACUUAGUGGCAUCAGCGUCAAGAGAUAAAACUGUCAGAUUGUGGAUACCCAGUGUAAAAGGAGAAAGUACUGUUUUUAAAGCACACACUGCAACUGUUAGGAGUGUAGAGUUCUCACCUGAUGGUCAGCAUUUAGUGACAGCAUCAGAUGAUAAAACUGUUAAGAUAUGGGCCGUGCAUCGACAAAGGUUUCAGUUCUCAUUAAGUCAACAUCAGAAUUGGGUACGUUGUGCUAAAUGGUCUCCAGAUGGUCGUCUUAUUGUGUCUGGUAGUGAUGAUAAAACAGUCAGAAUAUGGGACAGGACAAGUAAAGAAUGUGUACACACCUUUUUUGAACAUGGAGGGUUUGUAAAUUUUGUUGCAUUCCAUCCAAGUGGCACAUGCAUAGCUGCUGCUGGUACAGAUAGCACAGUUAAAGUGUGGGAUAUUAGAAUGAAUAAAUUAUUACAACAUUAUCAAGCACACACCAGUGCGGUGAACAGCCUAUCAUUUCAUCCGAGUGGCAAUUACCUCAUCACAGCAUCUAAUGAUUCUACUUUAAAAAUAUUGGAUUUAUUAGAAGGAAGAUUAUUUUACACCCUCCAUGGCCAUCAGGGCCCUGCUACAGCUGUGGCAUUUUCGAGGUCAGGGGAAUAUUUUGCCUCCGGAGGUUCAGAUGAGCAGGUAAUGGCAUGGAAGACUAAUUUCGACCAGAUAGAUUACAAUGAGGUUCUACAAUCACACAGAGUACGUACCUUAGAAGAACCAAGACCACACAUUCACGAUAUCCAUCCAAGAUCACCGCAUUCUAAACAUGCUACUAGAGGCGGUGCACCAAAGAUUGAUGCAAGGGCAGAACCUCGUAACAUGGGGGCGCCAUCUCCUAAUGUUACUAAUGUAGGUCCAGCACUAUUUGUUCAGCCAAGGGUGAACGAUACCACUGGCACAGGGUUACAUGACCUUGAGAUGACCUCUGCUGAUAUUGACAAACGAGCUAUGUCAAAUGGUUUAACCCAUGCCCCUCAUGCGGAGCCAUCUAUGACCACCCCUCUCGAAGAAAGGAACAUGCCAACACAGCUUUCAAAGACAUUAGAACAGAUAAUCGGGCAGUUGGAUGUUAUUACGCAGACUGUAUCUAUUCUGGAUCAGAGGUUGACAAUGACGGAGAACAAACUGAGAGAAUGCCUUGACAAUCAACAGAAAAUAACGUUGCAAGUUCGGCCUAAUGAGUAAGACUAAGUCAUAGAUUGCACAUAAGAAAAAAAGAGAGAGAGAAAACUGCCAUGAUCUCUUCUCAAACAAAUGCCAUUAAGAUGUUCUUUUUGUACAUAUAUUUAUAGCUAGGUGACUAAAACUGUUGAGCACCUCAAUUUCUUUUGAUACUUUCAAGUGUGGAGCAAGGACAACUUUCAACAAUGUUAACUGGUAGUGAUCAAAAUAGUUGAUGGAUUCCCAUGGAAACAGGCAAAUUAAAUUACAUUUGUG